CUGAGGGACUUGCACAUCUGUUGUCUGUUCCUCUUUCCCAGGCUGAGCUGUAACCGGCAGCGGCAGCCCCAAGUCGGGCUGUUUGGAGCCCGUGAGCGAGACGCCGGAUUCGCUCCCCACAUUAGCCGUCCCUCGCUGCUGGCUGCUGCUUUCCCCCUUCUGUCUCCGCUUGUUCUGAGCCGCUCGGCCCCCAGUAGCGCUGUGACUCUGACGGGAAAGGGGGCCCGGCCAGAAGCAGCCAUUGCAUCGCAGACGCAUAGGAGGCGCGCCAGAGCAACCAGUAGGCCUGACAAGCAGUCUGCCUCUUCCGGGGUCCGGCCGGGAAAUGGCUGUGAGGUUGCUGGGCCGAUCUUUAAUCGCUCCUCCUAGGUCAGUUGUGCUGCAUAAUUCUUUGGGAAGUGCUAACUUUAGCACCAAAGGAAAUGCUGAGCCCACCAAGCAACCACUUAAGAAACCAAAAUUGCCUGUAGGUCGUUUUGAUGAGUCAGAGGAAUCCACUGCAGAGAAAGAGCCACUAGAAAAAUUUCCUGAUGACAUCAAUCCUAUAACAAAAGAAAAGGGUGGACCCAAAGGCCCUGAACCAACUCGUUAUGGAGACUGGGAGCGGAAAGGACGCUGUAUAGAUUUUUAAAUGGCUCCAUAAUCUUCAUCAUGAUAUAUUUGGGUAAAGGUCAAGUAAAUGAAGCCAUUUUAUCCAAAUGAAGAAAUCUUUCUUUCUGUAUCUGUGUGUGCAGUUAUGUGCUUUUAGCAUCUAUGCCAUGGCAGUUAUGGAGGAAACUUCCUGUGAAUAAAUGUACUUUUAAGUACCGCU